AUGUCAAACAAUCGUGGAAGGAAAUUAAGUCCAAGGCUCGUGGAUGUUAAGAGGGAUGAACAAAAGGAUGGAUCCCCUCAAUCAAGGCAAGUGCCUUCUGAUGCCUCUAUGUGUCAUGGUUCAUAUUCUAAUAGGGACGAUUUUAAUUAUAGUGAAUCUAGUUGCGAUAUAAUGGCAGAUGGCAUAGAAAACCUUAGUUUAGACAUGAAGCAAGCGAAAAGCGUGAUGCCAACGGCGCCUUUCGUAGGUCCAGAGUUACCAAAGGUUAAGUUAUUUCGACGGUCAACCAAGAGGUUAUUGGAAGUUUUUAAGGGAGUUUGA